GGAACGAGUGGAUAAAGACCCUGCAACAGAUGGUGGACGAGCGCAAGGUGAAGGGUAUGGAGAAGAUGUCCAUGUUCCAGCUGGACGCCGCGGACAAGUUCGGCUUCCUGGAGCUGCGGGGCUUUAAAAACAAGCUCUUCGUGGUGGUGGUGGGAGACAAGGUCUUGCUCUACAAGAACAUGGAGGUGUACCGGCUGGGGAUCGGGAUCACUUACAUUGAGAUGAACGUGGGGAAUGUGAAGGACGUGGACCGGAGGGGCUUCGAUCUGACAACCCCCUACAGGGUCUUUAGCUUCUCGGCGGACUCGGACCAGGAGAAGGAGGAGUGGGUGGAGGCCAUGCAGCAUGCCAUCGCCGAGGCCCUCUCCAACUCGGAGGUGGCCGAGAGGAUCUGGGCCACGGAGUCGAACCGGUUCUGUGCCGACUGUGAGGCGCCGCAGCCCGACUGGGCCUCCAUCAACCUCUGUGUCGUCAUCUGCAAGAGAUGCGCAGGAGAGCACCGGGCGCUGGGCCCCGGCAUCACCAAAGUGCGGAGCCUGAAGAUGGACAGAAAGGUGUGGACGGAGGAGCUGAUCGAGCUCUUCCAGCAGAUCAGCAAUGCCGUGUCCAACCAGUUCUGGGCAGCCAAUGUGCCCCCCAGCGAGGCCAUCAAUGCCACCAGCGGGACCCACGAGAGGCGGCACUUCCUUAUCGCCAAGUACCGGGAGGGCAAGUACCGGCGCUACCACCCGCUCUUUGGGAACCAGGAGGAGCUCAACAAGGCCCUGUGCGCAACGGUGACGACCAGCGACCUGGCGGAGACCCAGUCCCUGGUGUUCUGCGGGGCCGAGGUGACCUGCUCCACCGGGGACCCCGACUUCCCGACCCCCAUCGCCUUGGCUGAACAGGCCGGGCAGAGGCUGCAGGUGGAGUUUCUGCUCCAUAACAAAACUUCAGAGAUCCCCCGGCUGGAGAUGCUGAACAGCGAGGACAAGCACUACUCGGUGGUCCUGCCGACCGUCACCCACAACGGCUUCCUCUACAAGACGCCCUCCAUGGCCAAGCCCGUGCACGAGCGCAAGGCCCGGGAAGAGUUCAGCCGCCGGUGGUGCGCCCUCAACGACAGCGUCCUCAGCUACUACGAGAACGACCGCAACGCCGUGCCCAACGGCGAGAUCCGGAUGAGUGAGAUUGUGUGCCUGGCCACCCACCCGCCCGACACCCACGGGUUUGAGAGCACGUUUGAGGUCUUCAUCGAGUCAGAGAGGCUCUACCUGUUUGGGCUGGAGAGCGCCGAGGCCGCGCGGGACUGGGUGAAGUCCAUUGCCAAGUCCUUCCUGCCGCUGGUGGCCGAGCCGCUGCUGNACCACGACUUCGAGCGCAUCGGGCGGCUGCACUACAAGGGCGGGCUCAGCCUGCAGCGGGCCAAGGAGGGCUGGUUCGCGCUGGCCCAGUCCACCCUGUACACCUGCUUCGAGGACAGCGAGAAGGAGGAGGCCGUCCAGCUCAGGAAGCUGCAGGAGCUGUCCAUCCAAGGGGACAACGAGGUGUUGGUGCUGGUGGAGAGGCGCAGGACGCUGUACAUCCAGGGGGAGCGGAAACUGGACUUCCUGGGAUGGGUCACCGCCAUCCAGAAGGCAGCCGGGAGCUCAGGUGACACGCUGUCUGAGCAGCAGCUCACCGAGGCCGACGUGCCCCUCAUCGUGGACCGGUGCAUCGACUACAUCACGCAGUACGGGCUGACGUCGGAGGGCAUCUACCGCAAGAGCGGGCAGAACUCCAAGACGACGGGGCUGCUGGAGAUGCUGCGGCGGGACGCGCGCAGCGUGCGGCUCAAGGAGGGCGAGCACCAGGUGGACGACGUCUCCAACACGCUCAAGCGCUUCUUCCGCGACCUGGGCGACGGGCUCUUCACCCGGGACGGCUGCCAGGGCUGGCUGAGGGCCACAGCCCUCGAGAGGGAGGAGGAGCGGAUCAGCGAGUACCGCCGGCUCCUGAAUGGGCUCCCCACUGUGAACAGAGCCACCGUGAAGGCCCUCAUCAACCACUUGUACCGGGUGCAGUGCUUCUCCGACGAGAACCAGAUGACCACGCACAACCUGGCCAUCGUCUUCGGGCCCACACUCUUCCAGACAGAUGGGCAGGACUACAAAGCGGGUCGCGUGGUAGAGGACCUCAUCAGCCACUAUGUGGUCAUCUUCAGCGUGAAUGAGCAAGAGAUGAGGAGGCAGCAAGACGAGAUCACAGCCAUCUUCAAGAUGCGGGUUGCGGGCUCCUCCAGCGGCACCCAGCAUGCCGGGGACUUCAUCUGCACCAUCUACCUGGAGGAGAAGAAGACGGAGGCAGAGCAGCAUGUCAAGGUCCCGGCCUCUAUGACGGCGGAGGAGCUGACUUUCGAGAUCCUGGACCGGCGGAAGAUUGUCACGAAGGAGAAGGAUUACUGGAGCUGCUUUGAGGUCAACGAGCGGGAGGAGACAGAGCGCCCAUUGCACUACUCGGAGAAAGUCCUGCCCAUCCUGCAGUGCCUGGGGACGGACAGCUACCUGGUGGUGAAGAGGCAGGUCUCCAUGGAGAGCAUGCUCCUCUACUUGGCCAGCCGCGUGGGCGACAGCAAGCACGGCAUGAUGAAGUUCAGGGAGGAGCGCAACCUGCUGGGGCUGGGGCUCAGCACCGGCUUUCACGACCGCUACUUCAUCCUCAACCACAGCUGCCUGCGGCUCUACAAGGAAGUGCGGAGCCUGAAGCAGCGGAUCCUCAUGGUGGAAGACAGCCACAGGCCGGAGAAGGAGUGGCCGGUGAGGAACCUCAGAGUCUACCUGGGAAUCAAGAAGAAGCUUCGCCCGCCUACCUGCUGGGGCCUCACGGUGUUUUACGAGAACGAGAAGCACGAGAAGCAGCAGUGGUACCUGUGCUGCGACACCCAAAUGGAGAUGCGGGAGUGGUUUGCCACCUUCCUCUUCGUGAAGAACGGCGGGAACGUGUGGCCGUCAGAGCCCUCCAGGGCACGAGCAUCGCGGGUGCCGCCGGACUCCAGGUUGGGUAACAUCUCGCUCAUCCCGCUACGGGGCAAUGAGAAUGAGAUGAGGAACAGUGUGGCUGCUUUCGCUACUGAUCCACUAACCCUCCUUCGGGACGUGUGAGCUGGACGCCUGACACUCCAGGUUCGUUUCCAGUGAGGGAGCCGGCAGAGAGCUCAGGCACUCGCAGAGCCCAGCGCAGGGUCCACACUGGCACUGGGGGGCUCUCAGGACAUGCCCACCGGCUCCAUCUCCUUCCUUCCACCCCUUCUCAAGGUGCCGCCACCUGCCGCGAUGAGCAGAGCCCUUUGGAGGGAAAACACCGGGGAACAGACCCCGGAGCCGUCAGCGCCUCCCUGACCCAGACCCAGGGUCCCCCAGCGCCAGCUGCCGCUUGCUUCCUCCUGUGCCCUAGACCAACACUAGAUGGGCAUGGGCUGGCACGGCGCCGCUGGCCCCCAUGGGGCUCAGGGCACCUCUGGGUCUGCAGGAGGUUUUUGCUGCCUCGAUCCUAAAUUCCCCCCUCGGUUUCAAUGGAGAGGCCCUGGGGAUGCUACGGACAGCCUGGGGGAGCCCUGCCCAUGGGCCUUGCCAGUGUGCCAGGGGCCAGUGGAAGCAUUAAGGACGUUUUCGGGGCCGAGCUGUUGGUCACUACUUCAGAGGAGAAGCCACCGAAGGAUGAGGCCGAGGCCUCCCAUGGACACAGUGGCCUUGUUGGUGCUUGGUGCCCACUUCUCUCCAUCUCCUGCUCUCUUUGGGCAAGCAUUGCAAGUGGGGCACCGAGGCCAUCGGCUCACACCCAGCUGGGGGGAGCUGCGGUAGCAGCACCCCUCUGAAGAGACUGUGGAGGGGAUGCUGGCUUGAGCUGGGCAUGGGGGGCUCAGCCCUGGGUUUCCAGGGUGUCCAGCCUCCCCCCCCGACUCUCCCUGGUGCCGGGGAACUGCAAACUGUGGGUGGAGUGGCUGAGAGCGGGGGACGGGGCAGGCCCCUGCCCAGCAGUACCUCUUGUGGGUCAUAUUAAAUAUGUUGGGAAGCUGGUGUGCUGGUGUCCCCAUGAGUCUGAAGCCACGGGGAGCGGGGUGUGCACGAAGGGGCAUCCCCUUCCUCCUCAGCAUCCCCACCAGAGGAGUUCAGUGCGGAAAAUGCCCUGGAAGGAGCCUUAUACCUGUAGCAGCCAGCACUGAGAGGCCAGGAAAUGCUGGAGUCAAGCUUGCCUGGCUAACCUUAACUCUGCCCACGCAAUUGCACUGCAUUACACUGCGGUACCAUAUUGUCUGGACUACCAUGCCCCCAAAUAAGACACAUGCCUUGUUUCUGGGAAGGCAGAACGAAGCAGCAAUG